UUGCUAACUUCAAAAUUAAUUUUCUCCGAGUCUAUUCAGUUAGUAGUUGACGCAUACCACUCUGUACACAUGCCUCAUAAACGUCUUGUCAAUGACUACUUUUCAUAUGUCAAUAAAGUUCUCGAAAUAAAUAUCGAGAUUUAUUUCAAUCAGUAAAAGGAGAAAUCUAAGAUGUCUGAUACUGAUGAGGAAGACGAAGAUAAGGAAAUUGCAGGUGAAGGAGGUGAAGGAAAAGAAAUAUAUCCCUAUGGGGAGUAUGAAGGAGGCAGAGAUGAUCAGCUGGAUAGACAUGGGUUUGGAAGUGCUCUUUUACCUAAUGGAGAUAUCUACGAGGGUGAAUAUUACCAUGGGAAGAGACAUGGAAAAGGUAUAUACUGUUUCAAAAACGGUGCCCGAUACAAAGGAACAUGGAGAAAAGGCGUCAAGCACGGCAAAGGGGAAUUCAUUUAUCCAGAUGGUACCCGCUAUGUGGGUGAAUGGAAAAAAGACCUGAAACACGGACAAGGUACUUAUUACUAUGCCAAUGGAGACACCUACGAGGGAGCUUGGUACAAAGGCUGGCGACAUGGUUUGGGCAACUAUUUUUACAAGUCUUCAAACGUAACGCACUAUGGAACUUGGAAAGAAGGACGAAUGGAAGGUCCGGGUAUAUUGAACUACCCGUUCUUUAGAUACCACGGAAGAUUCGAAAAAAAUCUUCCCAAAGGCCCAGGUUGUUUCACUUUUGAUGCCAAAUACAUGCAGCAUGGAUACUACAUCAACAUGAAGGAUCCCAAAUUUGACUAUGUUGGUGUGGAGGAGCUAGAGUUGGAUCCGGAAAACCAGGAAACGGAAUAUCGCGGUAAUCCAAGAGGAAUUGUUCCCAUCUGGAGAGCUCGUUCUGUUACUGAAUAUAAAACUGAAUUGCUGCCUCCGGAACCUGUACCAAUUCCAGUACAUGAGUCCGAAGAGUCUCUAUUGGAUAUAAUUGAAUAUCUUCAGAAGCAAUACGGCCGAGAGGGUUAUGUCGUCGAAGAAGAGCAAAGAGCAACCCCGUCUCCUGUGCCUGAAGAUUUAGCGCUUGAUAUACCUGAUAUGGAUAUUUUUAAUCUUUAAGUUCAUCUUAACGUGUACUUGAAUUCAGAAAGUAUAUAAUAAUAAAAAUUUGUUUUGAGUUUCAAAAA